CCGUGUUCCUCGGGCAGUGUUGCGGAGCGAGUGACGGAUCUGCGCCGUGCGCUGGGAGCUGAUGCGCCGCACAGCGCGCUGAGUCAGGCAGGGGCUCGCCGAGGCAAAGCCGCGGGAAUAAACAUGUCGCGGAAUCAGAGGACGCCGCAGAAAAACACGGAGAGUGUGGUGGAGGUGAAGAGCAAAUUUGAAGCAGAAUACCGGAGAUUCGCACUACAGCGGAACGGCAACGUCAGCUUCCAGGAGUUCUACCGGCUGCUGCAGAAUGUGCAUCACAUUCCAGGUGUUGAUGUGCUUCUGGGCUACGCUGACGUCCAUGGAGACCUGCUUCCCAUCAACAAUGAUGACAACUUCCACAAAGCUCUGUCUUCCGCCAAUCCUCUGCUGAGGAUUAUCAUCCAGAGGAGAGAUGUGGACGAGCCCGUGGUCUUUGGCACUAAUUCUCUGCAGAGGAGAAAAAAAGGCCUGGCAGGACUGCGUGUCAAUCAGCAGAAGAGUAAAUCAGGUCUGUUGAUCAGUCUCCCGCAGGACUUCCGGCAGAUCUCUUCCAUCAUCGAUGUGGAUAUACUGCCUGAAACACACCGUCGUGUGCGCCUGCACAAGCAUGGCACUAACAAACCUCUGGGCUUCUAUAUCCGUGAUGGUGUGAGCGUGCGUGUCACGCAACAAGGUGUGGAGAAAGUGCCUGGUGUCUUCAUCUCACGUCUGGUUAAGGGCGGGCUGGCGGAGAGCACAGGAUUGCUCGGGGUUAACGAUGAGAUACUAGAAGUCAACUCUAUUGACGUGGCUGGCAAGUCACUGGACCAGGUUACAGACAUGAUGGUGGCCAACAGCCACAACCUGAUUGUGACAGUGAAGCCGGCCAAUCAGCGCAACAACGUGAUACACAGGUCAAGCAAAACCUCGGCUGGUAACAUCUCUACCGGCUCAGGAGGAUCUGUGCUUUCACAGGACUCACUUCCUAGUCCUGCCUCUCAAACUGUUAGCCAAUAUAGUAACAGCAACAGCGUGAUGGAAGGGGACAGUGAUGAAGACGAAAGCGAUCUCAUUAUCGAGAGUGAUAACCUGCCUGCGUACACGUCACAUCACCUGACCAAUGGAAAUGGCAUUCAUACUUCACUGGCUGCUUAUGGCCAGAGGCCUCUCCCGCAGAGCGUCUCAUUGCCCAGUACAAGCUCUAUAAGCUCGCACAACAGCAGCCCUAAUAAGACCAGCAGCAGCCAAGAGAGUAUGAGAGAGGACGGCAACUUCAUCACAUUGUGAAACACCUCUUAAUAUAUCUUGUCAUAUCAUACAGAACACACUCAUACAAUGGUUUUAUGCACAACUAGGACAAAGCAAAAGGCUGAAGGUUUUAUAGUACUAGACCUAAUGUCACAAAACAUCGAUAUGAUGUUGACCUCCACAAGAACUUGCCUGAAGGAGGGCAUAAGCCCAGUGGAGUUAGUGAGGGGUAAUUAUAGCCUGGACUGUCUCCAGAGUACAUGUGGAAACAUCACCUCAUGGAAGUGCCUUAUGGACUUACAGUCUAAUUUUUAUCUAAUCAUCCAUAUCAAACAGCGCGCAUAUAUUUUGCCACAACUAAUGAAGGAGCAGAAACUAGCACACAAACACACUUUCUUCAUGGUGGUGUUGAUGCCUUGAUGCCUAGUCCGAUCUCCACCUGCACUAUAGUAGUGGAGGAAUCUUUAUUCUCCAUCACAUGAACUCCUCUGCUAAGACACUGGAAUGUUUAGUUUUUUUCUGAUGCUUCCUGCAUGUGGAAAAAAAAUGGCAUAGUAGCAUUGGUAAGAAUGAUGAAGAAAUUAAUAAUGCAUAUGUAAUAGAGCUGUCCUGAUUCAUGACGUAUAUAUCUUAUGCAUCUCUGAUUUGGGCCCCAGGAAAUUCUGUUCAGACACAACAUGUCAUCUUUAUAAUAUCAGUGAUACAGUGAAAACUUUCUAGCUGAGCCUUUUGUAUUUGCUUUACUUUAUAGUAAUGAGUUGUCUGCCUUUCAUCACACAGUCUUCUCUGAAACAUGUCUUUGAUGGCAUCAUUUUGGGUGUAAAUUGCUCUUAGGCAAAAUUCAGCAUUGUUUUAUUACAAUUCAGAUGUUUUAAAUUUCAUCGCUACGUACAUGCCAAAUGUCGCCUCUGGUCUAGUAAGUUGCUGCAACAAAAAAAAAAAAAAAAAAAAAAGGAAGAGGAACAAUACAAUAAUCUAGAUCUUGCAUGAGGAAAUGGCAAACCCAGUUCUAAUGACCUUUGAAAGCCAGGUCUCCUCUCUGUCAACUCAUGCUAUCAGAUUCCAUUCAUUCAUUCACGCUGUCAGUUUUCACAUGCAGUAGCUCUCACUGAGACACGUUUAUGUUUAUAUACACUAAAAAAAUCAGCAGCUGUCUUAUUUCAUUUCUUUCAAAACGCACACAUUGUUUCAGAAGGUAUCGGAUGCUGUCUCUCUCCAGACCUGUCUCACCUCGAGCUGCUUAAAGUGUUAUGAACCCAGGGAUAGCUGCUUGGCCCCAGACUCUAGUAGGCUUUCUGCUUUUGAAGCUGGCUGCCUGUAUUCGCCCGCCUGGGGUUGUUAUCCACUCUCCCUAGAAAUGUAUCAAUAAUAGAUGUUUUACUCGCACUACGAUGCGGCUCAGUGAGAGAGGAGGCCUUGACCUCUUGUGGAGCCAGCUGUCUGCGUGCUGUCUGAUGUGUUCUGUGUUUGCGUAAAAAAAAAAAAAAAUGAAGGAAAUUCCUCUCUUUAUACAGUUGUUUGCUGAUGUGUAAAGUAAGAAAAGCUCAAAAUCAAAUGACCAAUUCUGAGAAUUCUGAGAAUGGAGGAGGAACUCAAUCAAGACCGUUGACUUUUCAAGUUCUUUUAUGAAAUGUGUCCAGCAAAAACACCAAGAACGCCAAAGUGUUGUAGUAACCUGUGGAUGUGUGUUUUCCUGCCAGGUGUAGUUUCAUCCUGAAGGCCUUCUUAAUUUCCAUUAUUUCUCAUCGUUAUUAUUUCCACUCUGUCACAUUAAAGUAUAUUUAAGCAGUUUUUCUUCUUCAUGCUGCAGAACCGGGUUUGUUUUGACAUAUACGCAGACACAACGUCUGCAAAGCCAACACCUCUGACUCACUGGGACAGCUGGAGGGAACAUGAAAUGAAAGAUGCGCACGAUUGGAGUCGAAGGGCAUUUAAAAGGGUUUGGACAACUGUAAGGGUAUUUUUGGGAGGUGCAGAUUUAUCGUCCUUGUCCAAUUAGGUUAUUUAAGAGAAUUUAUUUUUAGGAGGAAUUGUUUCAAACGCACUGGAUAUCAUUAAUGUACGGCAGUAUGAAAUGACAUUCACAUCUCUCUUUCUCUCUCUCUCUCUUUUGCAAAUCAGUAUCUAAAGAUAUGAAUGGCACACAAAUUGGAAUAACAGCCACCAUAAUAAAAAUUGUCACGACCCUAAUUUUUUUAUGUAUGUAAAUGUAUAUGUAUAUAUACACUGAGAAUAUGGACAAAUUUUGUAAACUGGGAGCCCUUUUUAUUAAAAGAGCAGUAUAUAUACAGUAUAUGUGUAAAAUAUGGAAAGUAUUUUUCUUAUUCUUGUACUUUUGUAUGUAUAUUGGAAUCCAGGAGAAGACGUUUCUAUUUCUUUUGCGUGUGAGGAAGCAAGCGUAAAUCUGAAGAAAUCUAUGAUUUUAUUCUAUUCAGAUGGGUGGUGGUGUAUCAUACUGUGAAUGCAAAUAUGGGAAUUUUAAAUUGUUCUAUGGAAAUAAAAGUAUUCAAAAUGA